GUACAGCCCUGCCAGCCUGCAUCCCUCUGACAUUCCCUUACUCGAGGUGCUGUACAUUCUUUCCAUUGUCGUUCUUCUCGCUGCGAGGUAGCGGCCGACCUCGUGCAGCUGACCCAUCAUAGCAGCAGCAGGAAGUCUCACCUCCCUCAAGGAUGGCCAGCAUGACCUCGCCUUCGUCCUCCUCAGGCGGAGACUUCUCCUCCAUCCUCUCCUCGUACCGUACCCUUUCCCUUGGCACUCUUCAAUCCCAUCUCUCAUCCCUCGUUGAGCCCCUCACCUCACUCCAGACGUCCUCCCUCGCAUCUCGCAAAAAGCUAGCAGAUCAGACGCGCGAGUUCAAGAAGUUGCCAGAGGAGAAGAAGGUGGAAGGAUUCAAGCCGCUGUUGAAGAGUUAUCAGGUCGAGAUUGAUGAGCUUACCAAGAGGGCAAAGGAUGCUGAAGGUGGUCUGAGGAGAGUUGAAGAGAGACUGAGGGAUGUAGUGGAUCCUGUAGUGGUACUGGAGAAGGUGCUGGACACGACUGCUUCUCUCUCUGAGCUAGACUCUCUCAAGGCCACAGUCGCCUCACUCACUUCAGAGAAUGCAACUUUGAAGACCAAAGUCUCCUCGCAGUCUGCUCUACAGACAGACCGAGACCAGCUCUCCUCGAGAUUAGCCGAUAUCGAGUCGUCCUUUGCUUCUCGUCUUCAAGAAGCUCAAGAGGCGACCGAGCAAGAGGUCACUGCUCGUUUCGAUGAGCGUCUGAGCAAUGCUACAGUCCGCGCCGAGGAGAUGGAGCGAAGCUUGAGUGUUGCGCAAGAGUCGCUCAGGCAGCUUCGGAGUAGCCAUCAGAGAGAUACGGAGAGGUUGCUGCUGUCUUCCACUGCUGGGACAUCGUCCUCCAGCGAAACACAUCGGGACGAUGCUGAUGUUGGGAGGUCUCACGAGUACGAGAUGAUCAGUGGAGAUCUACAAAGGGCCAACGAGCGGGUCGCCUCACUGGGUAGAAGAAAUGAACAAUUGCGAGAGGAGGUUGAACGGGUUAAGAGCGGCAGUGCAGAGGCCGGCAAGGCCGCUCAGCUCGAAACGACCAUUGCCGAGCUCGAGCAAGACAAGACCAGGAUCUCGGAAAUGCUCAAGGUCGAGCAAGACAAGACUGCAAGCGAGCGCGAAUCUCUGCAGAAGAGGAUAGCAGCGCUGGAGAAGGCUCUGAGCGAGAAGGAGAGGGAGCUGAAAGAGGUGAGGGGUAAGCUUGAGAGGCAGGCUGACUACGAGGAAGUCAAGCGAGAGCUCUCCAUCAUCAGGAUCGUCGAAUUCGGUGGCGAGCUGGACGAUGAUGACUCGGAUGAAGCUGCCGUUGCCAACACCAAUGCUAAGCCCCUCGAAGCACUCUUGCUAGAGAAGAACAAGAGGCUCCAGGAUGAGCUCACCACGCUACGAGUCGAGCACUCUGAGCUGACAGAGAAGUCGCAAGGAUCGGGCAAGGAGCUCGGUGAUCUCAGGUCCGAAGUCGGCAGACUGAAGAGGCUCAAUGAGAGGCUCGAGGAGGACUUGUUGGAGGUUGGGUCGGGAGGAGGAGGAGGUCGUAAUGGUACCAAAGGUUCGGCAGCAAUGAGUGCCGAAGAAGCCUUGGAUGAGAUGGGCAGAAUAGAGGCGGCUUCUCUCACAUUAUCACGCAAGCCUGGUCAAGCCUCCGCCGCAGACGCAGCGACCAAAACGACAGGUGUUCCAGCGUCAUCCAGCAGCACAAAAGCAAGCGCUUCCGCCACCUCGCCAAUUCCUGUCUCUCCAACACCCAACAGCAAUGCCUCCAACACGUCAAUACAGCAACAGCAGCCCGACGUCUCUCUCCUCCCCAUCAUCCUCUCCCAACGAGACCGAUUCCGCUCGCGCAACGCCGAGCUCGAAGAGGAGCUCCGUCGACACUUUGAGUCGAUCACCUCGCUGCGCAAUGAAGUCAAGAGCCUUCAGGCGGAUAAUCUGGGCUUGUAUGAGAAAGUGAGAUAUCUACAGAGUUGGAGUGGAGGAGCCACAGGAGCUGCAGGUGGGAGUGGGAGAGCAGCAAUUGCUGCUGCGAGGGAGGCGUACCCGCCUGUUGCGGGCAGUGGUAAUGGUGGCGCAUCUAGCAGUGCGACGGGAGAGCGGCGGCACACGAAAGUCCCUAUGAAUAUUGCGAGCGGUAGUGGUGGGGAGGAUCGAUGGAGGAGCAAGUACGAAGAGAGUAUGAACCCCUUCGAGGCAUUCAGAGGGAGGGAACAAACAAGAGCAAUGUCCUCUCUGAAUCCACUGGAGCGUCUCUUGCACAUGCUCACGCGGUUGAUCCUCGCAGAUCGUCGAAUGCGCAUCUUCUUCAUGCUCUACGCCGUCGGAAUGCACCUCUUCAUAUUUGGAGUCAUUGUAGACUACACCUUCUAUGGUGGAAUAGGCUCCGAUGUUGGGGGGACGGACUGCGCUGUUCCUGCGCCCGUAGAUCCCGCAAGAAGAUGAGGAGGGAAAGGAGAUGAUGAUAGCGGAGGUUGCGAAGGUUCGCGGUCGUAUCACUGUACGACGACAUCACUUCUCGCUCUUCACUUUUUCACCCUCGCUCUGUACAACCCAAUUCAUCGUGUGCAUUUGCUCUUUAUUCAUUUGCGUGGGUAAGGUUUGAAUUCCAGCACUCUUCAAUGGAUACUUCCCCCACCUCCUCCUCCU